AUGGUAAGUUUAAGCUCAUUUAACGAAAUACUAAACUCAGAGGGGUUUCGUAUUGAUGGACGUCGUUUUAAUGAGAUUAGGAGAAUAAGUUGCAAGAUAUCCAAUGGGACAUCAAACUUAAGUGAUAGUAGUGUAUAUUAUGAGCAAGGUCAGACAAAAUUGAUUACAUCAAUUUGUGGUCCCAUACCACUUCUAAAUUCAUCUUCACAGUCAGGUAUACAACUACACUGUAACUUUAGAAUGUCUCCAUUUUGUACUCCAGAUAGAAGAAAAAGAGGAAAGAAUGAUAGGUUUUGUACCGAAAAUAGUUUGAUUAUAACAAGAACUUUUGAAUCAGCUAUAAGUGAGAUAUAUGUAAAAUCACAAAUAAUUAUAAAUAUUAAUGUCUUAGAGGCUGAUGGAGGUGUGAGAUCUGCUGCGAUAAAUGCUACAUCUCUUGCCUUAGCUAAUGCAGGUAUUGGUAUGAAAGAUUUAGUAAUAUCAUCUACUAUUGGAUUAUAUGGGAGAAUCCCAUUAUAUGAUAUUGUACAGGCAGAAUUUGAUGUAUUAAAGACAAUUAUGUCUUUUGCAAUUUAUAGUACUGAUGAAAACAUUGCCCCUAUAACAAUGGAAUUAAAUACAAAGGUUGAUGAGGAUAUAUUAAAUCUUCUACUUGAACACUCAGCAGCUGCUUGCAAACAUAUAUCAAAGAUACUAAGGAAUAUUUUAAGACAACAUGCUAUUAGGAGGUAUUAUACUUUUUCUUUGAAAUAA